AUGAAGAGAAGAAAAGAGAAAAGGAGAAAAAAGACAGCAAAGAGAGAGAAGAAGAAAAGAAGGAAAGAAGAAGAGAGAAGGAAAGAAAGAGAAAAGAAAAGAGAAGAAGCGAAGAAGAAAGAAGAAGAAGAGAAAAAGAAGAAAAAGACAGAGAAAAAAGAAAGAAAGAGAAGAAGGAAGAAGAGAAAAGAGAAAGAAAAAGGAAGAAGAAGGGGAAGAAAGAAAGAAAAGAUAGGAAGAAGAAGAAGAAGAAGAAGAAGAAAGAGAGAAGGAAGAAGGGAAGAAAGCAAGAAGAGGAAAAGAAGAGGAGGAGAGAAAGAGAAAAGAGAGAAGAAGAGAAAGAAGAGAGAAGAAGAAGAAGAGAAGAGAAGAAGAAGAGAGAGAGAAAAGAAGAAAAGAAAAAGAAGAAGAAAGAAGAAGAAGAAAAGAAGAAAGAAGAGAAUGAAGACAAGAGAAGAAAAGAAAGAAGAGAGAGAGAAAGAAAGAAGAGAAAAGAAGAGAGAAGAGAGAGAGAAGAGAAGAAGUAAAAGAAGGAAAGAAAGGGAAGGAAAGUAUGCAAGAAGGAGGAAGAAAAGACAGAGAAGAGAAAGUAGAGGAAAGAGGAGAAGAAGAAGGAAGGAAUAG